AGAUGGCGGCGCAUUACACGAAAUUGCCCAUGUCAGUACUGCUGAAAGGUGUACGCCUUCUACCACAGCGAUUUCAGUGGACGCACAGAUGUCAAACCCCAUUAGUGCCUCUGUGUUUACGGCUUGAAGCGUCUCAGUAUCACUUUCUUCAUCAAUCUUCCGGACCCACACUCUCCAGCACCAAGGCAGACCCACACAGGAGUUCAGAAUCGCAGAGGAGGCCAGAUGCACAAAAAGAUGACAAAAAGGACGAGUCUGAAGAAGAGUAUGAGGGUCCUGAGUACAUCCCCAAGAGAAAGGCAAAAAAUCCUAUGAUGAAGGUUGGCUUUGCCUGGAUGAUAGGCCUACCUUCAGGUGUAAUUGGCUUCAUCCUGGCUAAGAGGGAAGUGGACAAGAACCGAUUGAAGCAGCUGAAGGUUCGACAGCGAAUGAAGAGGUCCAAUGAGGGAGAAUACGAGGGAGGGCGCUACCGCCGUCAUACAGAAGAAAGUAAAUUGGAUCAUUGAAG